AUGCAUCUGGCAAUUGCAGAACUAGUUAUUUGGAAGACUGUGUUGGCAAUUGCUGGAGAAGACUUUUCUAUUGUUGCCUCUGACACACGACUGAGCGAAGGCUACGCGAUUCACUGCCGGGACAGUCCAAAAUGCUACCGACUAACAGAGCGAACAGUCAUUGGAUGCACUGGUUUCCAUGGUGACUGCCUUACCCUUACUAAGAUUAUCGAAGCAAGAUUAAAGAUGUACAAACAUUCGAAUAACAAGACCAUGACUACUGGGGCCAUUGCUGCAAUGCUCUCUACAAUUCUGUAUUCCCGGCGUUUCUUUCCUUACUACGUUUAUAACAUAAUUGGUGGACUUGAUGAGGAAGGGAAGGGAGCAGUGUAUAGCUUUGAUCCAGUAGGCUCAUACCAGAGAGAUUCCUUCAAAGCAGCUGGAUCAGCCAGUGCCAUGCUGCAGCCCUUGCUUGAUAACCAGAUUGGCUUCAAGAACAUGCAAAAUGUGGAACACGUGCCUCUGACCAUGGAGAAGGCUUUGCAGCUGGUUAAAGAUGUCUUUAUUUCUGCUGCUGAGAGAGACGUGUACACUGGGGAUGCAGUUAAGAUUUGCAUUGUCACAAAAGAGGGAAUUCGAGAGGAAACUAUCCAAUUGCGGAAAGACUAAAACUGAACUGAGUGAACUCAGUUCACUUAUAAACAUGUAAUCUAUGAUGUACAAUUUACCUGUGCUAAGAAGACAUUCGUCUUAUUAAAUUUUUUCAAGAAGU